AUGUCUACAUACGAUUCUGGUCGGACUGGCUCGAAAAGGAGCAGAUCUCGAUCUCCGCCACCAUGGAAGCGCUCCGAGAAGAUUCCCCGCCGAGACGAAAGACAUCAGUGGAACAAUUCGAGUAAUGGAUCAGGCCAACAGUUUAGGAGGGAUCAAACACGUCUGAAUCAGCUGCAGGAGGACGAGCAACUGCGGCAAUGGGUAGCCCAGGAAGAUACCUUCGUGCUCAAGCAGGCGAAGAAGAAGGCGGAAAUUCGCGUUAAAGAAGGACGUGCGAAACCUAUCGACUGGCUGGCUGUCACGCUGCGUGUGAUUGACCCUACGAGGAAUCCGUUAGAGGAUGAAAUACCAGACUCCGAUUUGGAUCUUAUUGAUCCGGAAGGCGUUUUCGAGGGCUUGUCACCCACACAGCUGGCAGAGUUGGAAAAGGAUAUUGACACGUUUUUGAACCUUGAGACUGCCUCUAAAAAUCGUGACUUUUGGAAGACUAUGAAGAUCGUAUGUCGAGAUCGUCUCAAGGUUUCGGCGCCUGAAGGACGGGUGCUCAACUCGGUUGCCGCCGAUAUUAACAAAAUUCUCAGUCCCAAAACAUUUGAGCAGUUAGAAACUUUAGAGUCUCAGGUUAAACGAAAGCUGAAUUCGAACGAGCCAAUCGAUACUGAUUAUUGGGAGGAACUCUUGCGUAGCUUAACUGUUUGGAAGGCCAGAGCCAAGCUCAAGAAGGUAUUCCAGGCAGUUAUUGAAGGACGAGUGCGGGUUCUUCGCAAGCAACAACAAGAAGAAGCAGAGUCUGUGCGAGUCAAACUGACGCCUGUUGCGCCCGUAGUCAACGAAGUUGUGGAAUCAAUAAAUGCAGCAAACAUUGAUCCGGAGCCUUUACUACAGCUACGACCUGAAGAUAAAGCACUAGAGAUAAUAGAGGAAUCAGAAUUCCUGAAACAAGUGACCCAAGAACGCCGUAAAGUCCUAAAAAUGGGAUUCGUACCACUACGACAAAAGAAUACGGACAAAAUGGCCGCGCCAACUCCUUCACAGGUCAUCAAUCCUGGAUCUCCUACCGCCGGUGUACUAGGUCGUUUUUCCGCAAUGCCAAAUGAAGAUUUUUCACAAGCUACUAAAGCUUUGUACGAGCGCGAGGUUGCGAGAGGCGUGAGCGAGAAUGAAGAAAUAUUCACUGCUGAAGAAGCAGUCAAUAGCUCAUCUCAAAUGCAGUGGGCCAAUAAAUACCGCCCUCGAAAACCUCGGUAUUUCAACCGCGUACAGAUGGGAUACGAGUGGAACAAAUACAACCAAACGCAUUAUGACCAUGAUAAUCCUCCACCAAAGGUAGUCCAGGGUUAUAAGUUCAACAUAUUCUACCCUGACCUUAUCGAUAAAGUAAGGGCGCCUACGUAUCGUAUCGAGCGAGAAAACGGACGGAAGCGCGGCCAAUCUUUCGUGAAAGCUGGAGAAGAGGACACAUGUCUCAUUCGAUUCAUUGCAGGACCUCCAUACGAGGAUAUUGCAUUUCGUAUAGUGGAUCGAGAAUGGGAUUAUAGCGCGAAGAGGGACCGAGGGUUCAAAAGCAGCUUCGACAAGGGUAUCCUUCAACUCCAUUUCCAAUUCAAGAAGAUCUACUACCGCAAGUAG